CAGCCAGUGACUCCGGAAACCUGGUGAUGAGCAUGCAAAACGGAAAAUGGAACACGGCCGCCUGGAAAGACAAGUACCCGACUAUGUGCAUUGGGAAAAAAUCGAAUGGUCCUCAAGUGGCCCCUUGCGAAACCGAGUGGAUGUAUGCAACAGCGACGAAAAGCUGCUACAAGCUCGUCUACAACAUCGACUUUGCAAAUGCAGAAGAGCAGUGCCGGGCCCUCGGCGCUACCAUAUCGUCUGUGACUUCCAAUGAGGAAAAUGACGUCAUCAUUGAUUUCGCGAAGACUGGUUACCCAGGCGAUACUAUAUUUAGCGCCAUGAUCGGUGCUAAGCGGAUCGGUCCCAAUGCAACGGACUUCGCAUGGCUUGACGGAAGCCCGUUCACCUUUUAUCCGUGGGCAAACGGUGAGCCCAACAAUGUCGGCGGCCGGGAAAAUUGCAUCAUGAUCUGGACCGAUGAGAUUGUCGGCAAGAACACACCAUAUAGACCCUAUCUGCACAUGUGGAACGAUGUCGACUGUGAUGCUCACCGUCGUGUCGCUGUUUGCAAGAAAGCGGCACUUUAU